AUGCCUACGGAAGGCACAUCGGGUAAGCAGAUCACCAGAGAUCAACCAACCAAGAGAAACGCCGCUCCCGCCCUGAGACCUCGAGUCUCAUCAAGCCAGCCUCUGAGCCUUCGGGAUGUCCAAGACACCAGAGAGACCUGGUCCACUCAAAAGCUUCCGACUGUCUCAGACCAGCAGAUUGGUGCACGGGGACGGUGA